GUGUGUGUCAGUGAGUGCGUGAAUGUGUGUGAUCUCAGUGCUAUGUCUCCGUCCUGGGUGCGCUCUAAUAAUAGAGGAGGCUGCCUGCUCCUUUAAGAGCCUACUUGUUGAAUACUCUACAAGAUAUAUUGUAAAAACAAAAACAUGGUUAUCAAAGUAUUCCUCGCCUCUUCAUCGGGAUCCACUGCGAUCAAGAAGAAGCAGCAAGAUGUGGUGGCCUUCCUCGAGGCUCUUAAAGUGGACUACGCUCAGCUGGACAUUGCCUGCAACGAGGAGAACCGCAUGUGGAUGAGACAGAAUGUCCCAGAGGAGAAGAAGCCCGCCAACGGCAUCCCCCUGCCCCCUCAGAUCUUCAACGAAGAGAGCUACUGUGGGGACUAUGAGACAUUUUUUGAUGCCAAGGAGGAUAACUCAGUGUACGCCUUCCUGGGGCUGCCCCCUCCUCCUGGGUCAAAGGAAGCAGUACAGGCUGACAAGGCCCACAUCGUGGAGAACGGGACCCAUGCUGAGGAAACUAAUGCAGAGGGACACCUUGAUGACUCAGCAGAGGUUCCAGUGGAGGAGCGUAACGGGGAUGCGCAUGGUGAGGAGGAGCAGACACAGGCAGCAGAUGAGGAGAAAGGUGAGGGUGGUGAGGAGGAGGAGGAGCAGGAGGGGGAGGUAGCAGAUGAUGAAGCCACGGAAGAAGAAACAGCAGGAGACGAGGCCCCUGCAGAGGAGGAGGAGGCAGUGGAAGAAACAGACGAGGUCACAGAAGACACACACGCCCUUGCAGAGGAGGAAGAAGAGCAGGAAGAAGCGGAUGAUGACAGGGAGGAAGAGGAUUUGCAGUCAGAGGAGGAAGAAGAGCUACAACAGCUUGAGGAAGAAGAAGAGGCUGAAGGACAAGAGGAGGAAGCAGCUGAGUAAUUAAACCCAGGCGACGUGGGUGAUGUUGACUAACUUCUGUCCAGCCUGAAGGAGUCCCCUGUUCUGUCUCUCCCUGACCCCUGACGCUUGACCCUCUCAGAGCCCUCAGACAGCUCCUCCCACACCUCCCUAAAGGCCGUACUGGACCCCACUGGAAACAUGACAGACAAGGGCAUGUGCUUGAAGGCACCAUCCAAACUAACUAAGAAGUCCUCACCCAUAUUUGCAACCUCCCUUUCCCUUUUGACUGCGAUGUUGACUUAAUUUUUAUAUUUUACGUGUAGAGUCAUACUGUAAUGAAAAUGUGCAGAGUGGUGUCAGUUUGUUUUUAAUGAGUAGCUUUUGUAAAAUGCACCAACAGUUAUUUUGUUAAAUUCAAACAUAUUUCUCAUGUUUUACUUUUAGAGAUUCUAGUUUUCUAACACAAAGAGGCAGUGACCUUUUCAACAAAAAUAUUACCUUGGCAUACCUUAGUUUGUUUCUUCUGGCUUUCAGAUUCAAAGGUUCACAACUCACUUUCUAAGUAAGCGUUCUGUACUUUGAUUACACUGUCGUGCCUAGAUGACUUCUUCUACCAACUGAAUGUAUGAAUGCAAACCAAGACUUCUAAUGGCUACAUGAGAAAGAAAAUACUACACAUACUGCGAGACUGCAAACUAUUCUACCAUCACUACAAUUACUUCUGCCAAUACUGCUGUCUAAUCAAUGCACUUUGUUGAAUGAAGAGUGAAACGUGACUAAGACUUGGAUGCAAUUGAAAAUGCAAUAAAGUAGACUGAUAACAAAAAA